AUGGACGUCCCAUCUAUGCCAACGUCAUCAAAUCGGAUCCUGUAUGACGUACCGUGUGCCGUUUGCCGAGACCAUUCAUCGGGUAAACAUUAUGGUGUCUUUGCAUGCGAUGGUUGUGCGGGAUUUUUCAAGAGAUCAGUGAGAAGAGAUCGGCGAUAUGCCUGCAAAGCGAGGACGCCAGGAGCCUGCCUUGUGGAUAAGGCUCAUAGAAACCAAUGCCGAGCCUGCCGAUUGGCCAAAUGUCUAGAUGCCGGCAUGAAUAAAGAUGCUGUUCAACAUGAAAGAGGUCCGAGGAAUUCGACAAUAAGACGACAAAUGGCAAUGUUUUUCAAAGACCCUAUACCAAGUGGAGACUUGAAUAGACCAAUUCCACCAGUCUUAGAUUUAGCUCUGCCAAAACAAACGGUGCUACCUCCACCCCCACCGCCUGUGUCACUAUUUCCAAACCCUUAUUCAUAUAACAGAUUGAAGUUUGCUACUCCAUCACUGAUACCACUUGAUAUUCCAUCCCCACCAAUGUCAGCUCCUUUAAUAACGCCAUCAGAGCCUGAAGCUAUUUGCGAAUCAGCAGCCAGAAUACUUUUUAUGAAUGUUAAAUGGGCAAAGAAUGUGCCAGCUUUCGCUACUUUAUCUCUGUCCGAUAGAUUAUUGUUAUUGGUGGAAUCUUGGAGAGAUUUAUUCGUUUUGGGAACAGCGCAAUUCCUUUAUCCUGUGGACUUGAAGAUACUUUACGAUUCGAGCAAUACGAGAAUCGAUGGGAGAGACUUGGAGGCGUUCGAAUCGGCUUUAGCAGAGCUGGCUCUCGUUAGACCCGAUACGAAUGAAUACGCCUGCUUGAGAGGAAUUGUUCUAUUCAAAACCGCCUUUGCUGACAGCGGAGAUUCAAGUCCGACUCGCUCAGAUUACAAGAGACUACAAGAUCUUCCCGCAGUGGCAGCGUUGCAGGACCAUUCCAAAAUCAUAUUAAAUGAGUACGUAGCCCGCACAUAUCCACUAGCUUUAACCCGAGCAGGACGUCUUCUCCAUCAAUUAAACAACAUAAGGAGAGUCCCUAGCAGUGUCAUUGUGGAGCUGUUCUUCAGGUCUACGAUUGGAGAAAUAUCUAUAGAGAAAAUUAUUAGUGACAUGUACAGAUCAGAAAGGGAGAUACUUUGA